UUGAGAAUCAUGUUGUCUGAAUUGGGUAGGAUGCCGAUGAUUGGUGAUAAUGAUAAUUCCUUUGGGGAUGAAUUUGAGAAGGAGAUGGGUCUGCUCCUUCGUGAGCAGAGAAGGCAAGAUGCUGAUGAACUUGAAAAAGAGCUGAGUUUGUACAGAAGUGGAUCUGCCCCACCUACUGUGGAGGGUUCUUUGAAUGCGGUCGGUGGUUUGUUCAAUCAUGGAGCCACUGAAGGUGGAAAUAAUGGUGGGGCUGGGAUUGGCCAGGCUUUUGCUGAGUUUGCCAGAAAUAAGAAUGUCAAUGGCUUCUCGUCUGAGGAGGAGCUUAGGUCUGAUCCCAAGUAUCUGUCUUAUUAUUACUCGAAUGUCAAUCUAAACCCCAGGUUGCCCCCUCCUUUGCUGUCGAGGGAGGAUUGGAGGUUUGCUCAGAGGUUACAGGGAGGGAGCUCGGCAAUUGGUGACAGGAGGAAGGUGAAUAGGAAUGAUAGUGGCAAUGGCGGGCGUUCGAUGUUCUCGAAUCCACCCGGUUUUAAUCAGAAGAAGCAAGAGAGUGAAGAUGAGGAUAAAUUGCAUGGUGGUACUGUGGAGUGGGGUGGUGAUGGGCUUAUUGGGCUGCCAGGAUUGGGGCUGGGUAGCAAGCAGAAGACUUUCUGUGUGGCAGUUGUGUACUUGAUUUCGGUCUUAUAUGAUGAUCUUAACCGUUCGACUCCAGCCUCUGGCCAUCCUUCACGCCCUGCAAGCCGAAAUGCUUUCGACGAAAAUGCCGGUGCUAUGGGCUCUGUGGAGGCUGAGCUGGCGGCCAACUUGCGCCGGGAUCUCACAGCUUCGACUCAGAGCAUUCAGAGCUCGUCUGCUGCUGCACCUUCUUCAUAUUCUUAUGCUGCUGCUUUAGGUGGGACCUUAUCAAGAAGCUCGACUCCCGAUCCUCAACGUAUCACUCGAGCUCCGAGCCCCUGCCCAACUCCUAUUGGUGGAGGCAGAUCUGCAAAUCAUGAAAAAAGAAGCUUAAACAGUCCCAGCUCAUUCAAUGCUUCUUCUUCUCACUCUAACGAGAAUGUAGAUCUCGUUUCUGCAUUAUCUGGCAUGAACCUUUCUAACGGCAUUCUCGAUGAGGAGAAUAAUCAUUUGCCGUCUCGGGUUUCGCCAGAUGGCGAUGACCGUAAAAAUUAUCUUCUUUAUAACAAUCUCCAGGGAGGCCAGAAUAAUAACUCUAGGCAACACGCUUAUAUGAAAAAGAACGAGAAUAUGCAGUUCAACAUGUCUUCUUCCUCUCAGCAAGCCGAGCUUCAGAAAAACGGGGUCCCUUCUAAUAACUUGUACCUUAAAGGAUCUCAGUAUCAGCAGCAUUUGGACAGUCCCAACAGCUCAUCAUUCUCGAAUUAUGGAAUGGGCGGUGGGUACCCGAUGAGCCCGAUUUCGGGUCAACUCGGAAGUUCUAAUUUGCCACCUUUGUUCGAGAAUGCUGCAGCAGCAUCUGCUAUGGGUGUGCCUGGAAUGGACUCGAGGAUUUUAGGUGGCUCGAAUCUGGGGGCUGCUGCAGCAGAUCAUAGCCUCGGUAGAAUGGGAAAUCAACACACCCCUUAUGUGGACCCAUUAUAUCUGCAGUACUUGCGAACGGCUGAAUAUGCGGCUGCAGCUCAGGUUGCGGCUCUGAAUGAUCCUUCCUUGGAUAGAAAUUAUAUGGGUAAUUCGUAUAUGGAUCUUAUUCAAAAAGCCUAUCUUGGGAAUUUACUUUCCUCUCCUCAGAAAUCGCAGUACGGUGCUCCUUUGGGCAGCAAGACAAGCGGCACAUCGAGUCCUCAUGGUUACUAUGCGAAUCCUGCUUUCGGGAUUGGUUUGUCUUAUCCAGGGAGCCCGAUGGCAAGCCCGGUUAUUCAGGGUUCGGGUGGUGGGCCCGGAAGCCCGUUAAGGCAUGGAGAUUUUAAUAUGAGAUUCCCUGGUGGUAUGAGAAAUGUUGCUGGGAGUGUUAUUGGGCCGUGGCAUUUGGACGGUAUGGAGAACACUUUUGCCUCUUCACUACUGGAAGAGUUCAAGAACAAUAAAACGAAAUGUUUUGAACUAAUGGAGAUUGCUGGCCAUGUAGUUGAGUUCAGUGCUGAUCAAUAUGGGAGCCGAUUCAUUCAACAAAAGCUUGAAACUGCCACGACGGAAGAGAAGAACAUGGUUUUCCAGGAAAUCUUUCCACAGGCUCUUGCGUUAAUGACCGAUGUGUUUGGAAAUUAUGUAAUCCAAAAGUUUUUUGAACAUGGAAUGGCGGCUCAAAGAAGAGAGUUGGCUGGGAAGCUAUUUGGACAUGUACUUAACCUUAGCCUCCAAAUGUACGGUUGCCGUGUGAUACAGAAGGCUAUAGAAGUAGUUGAUGUGGAUCAGAAGAUCAAAAUGGUAGAAGAGCUCGAUGGACAUGUAAUGCGUUGUGUUCGUGAUCAAAAUGGAAAUCAUGUAAUCCAGAAAUGCAUCGAGUGUGUUCCUGAAGAUCAUAUUCAGUUCAUUGUGUCUACGUUUUUUGACCAAGUUGUGACUCUCUCUACUCAUCCAUAUGGCUGUCGUGUGAUUCAGCGUGUUUUGGAGCAUUGCAAAGAUGAAAAAACUCAGAGCAAAGCAAUGGAAGAGAUUUUGGGUGCUGUAAGUAUGUUAGCACAGGACCAGUACGGAAACUAUGUUGUCCAGCAUGUUUUGGAGCACGGGAAGCCACACGAGCGAUCUACCAUAAUUCAAGAAUUAGCCGGAAAAAUAGUUCAAAUGAGCCAGCAGAAGUUUGCUUCAAAUGUUGUUGAAAAAUGCUUAACUUUUGGCGAUCCGAGUGAACGCCAGCUGUUGGUGAACGAGAUGCUUGGAACAACUGAUGAGAAUGAGCCUCUUCAGGCUAUGAUGAAAGACCAGUUUGCAAAUUACGUUGUACAGAAAGUGCUCGAGACGUGUAGCGAUCAGCAACGUGAGCUCAUCAUGUCAAGAAUUAAAGUUCAUCUGAAUGCACUAAAGAAAUACACUUAUGGAAAGCAUAUAGUAGCUCGUGUAGAGAAACUUGUGGCUGCCGGGGAAAGGAGAAUUGCUGCUCAAGCUCAACAAUCUGCAUAGAUGAACGUGCUGUAGGGAAGAAAGAAAGUUGUACAGCUAACCGAGGCUAGUUUGGGUUACCUCUCUUUAUUCUCUUUCUUUCUCUAGACUCUCUGUUUUCUAUUUGCUCAAUAUACAGUUGUUGCGUGUACUGAAAAACCUGUACAUUGUGUAGUUGUCAAGUUUAUACAUAGAGAGUGUAGUAAAAGCUUUUGAGGCUCAGAGGCGUGACGAACGUUCCUGAUUGCCCGUGCAGAGGAGAUGAAAGGCGACGAGGGUGUAAUAUAAUUUAAGGUUUGAGGUAGUUUUUAUCUAUCAUAUGACGAAUGACUGUACAAAAAAUGAUCGAUGGAUUGCAAUAUGCCAUAUGGAGAAACAGGUGUUUUUAGACGAGAGGCCGAGGGAUAUGAUGUUUUGUAUGCAUUUGAUAUAAUCUUGAUUUUCUUUACUUGGCCAUAAUACAUUUUCUGGGCUCUCUAAAAUUUCUUGUGUUCUGCUGUGCUGCAUUUGCAUGCUUUUGCUUCUCAAGUAGGAAUUGUUUUGUUUAUUUGAAAUAGGAAU